AUGGGGCCCCUGCGGACGGUGUCCACUGUUCAGUACAGGCCGCGCUCCACCAACAUGGCACAGCGGUUACUGAAGCAGACUUUACUUUUAAUGCUUUUCUGUGCGUCCAACUGCCAAAUUCACAGUCACAGACGAUUUGUACCGUUUAAGGACUACGUCCGGGCUCACAAGGAUUUAACCCCGACUGAGAGGAUAACCAGUGCACCAAGGUUCACCGUGGUGGCUCCGGACCUUCUGAGAGCUGACAGCCAGGAGAAUAUCUACGUGGAGGCCGUUGGUCUGACCAGCCCUGUCAGGGUCUCCAUCACAAUCCAGGACUUCAGUAAGACCUCCGAGCUCCUCAGCGACUCACUGACGCUCAGUCAGGGGAAUGAAUACCAAGCUCUCAAAAGCAUCCAGCUCGGUUCAGAGAUGCUGGAUCGAAAUGAGAGGACGAAUAAGUUUGUGUACCUGAAGGUGAACUUCGAGGGCUACCACACUAAGGAGAGGGUGAUGAUGGUGACCUUUCACUCUGGCUACAUCUUCAUCCAGACAGACAAGCCCAUUUACAACCCUGGAGAUACUGUGAUGUGUAGAGCCUUUGUGUCCGCUCCAUCUUUCAUGGCCUUUAACAGCUCCAUCACUCUAGAGUUUCAGAAUCCAGAAGGCAUAGUGGUCAAACAGUUCUCCAGGACCAGAGCCAUCGACGGUGUCGUUGCUGAAACUUUCGCUCUCUCCAAAUUUGUCAAUGAAGGAAAAUGGGCGGUGAUUGCCAAGUUCGACCACUGGCAACAGAACACCUUCAGUUCCCAGUUUGAGGUGAAGAAAUACGUGCUUCCUGCCUUCAACGUAACCUUGACUCCCCAGAAGUCUUUCCUAAGCCUGGAUGACACGGAGCUGGCCGUAGAGAUCUCAGCCAAGUACCUGUAUGGGGAGCAAGUGGAGGGAACAGCCUAUGUGGUUUUUGGUGUGGAGCAAAACAAGGAACUGAAGAGGUUACCGUCUGUGAAGAACGUGUUUGAUCUGAAUAAUGGAGUUGCCAAACUGAGCAUGGACGAGCUCAGGCAAGCUUACCCCGACAUCAGGUCUGUGGUCGGCUGCUCUGUGUACGUGAAGGCCUCCGUCCUUACCAAGUCAGGCGGUGACCUGGUGGAGGCGCUGAGGACCGGCAUCAAGAUUGUGGAGUCUCCUUACGUCAUCUCCUUCAAGGACCAACCAAAGUUUUUCAAGCCAGGCUUGCCCUUCGACUUCACGGUCCAGGUCAGCCACCAUGACGGUUCCCCGGCCCAUAAUGUCCCAGUCAAACUGAGCCUGCUGGAAGCACCGCUGGUCGUAGCCUCCGGCUCUUCCAGAGUCACCAUCAACAUGCCCAAGGACCUCAUGCCACAAAACAUUGCUGCUGUGACCGUGCAGGAUGGGCUGCGGCCAGAGCAGCAGGCCAAACACCAGACCGUAGUGCGUCCCUACAUUCCCUUCAACCGACGCCAACAAAACUUUCUGCACAUUUCCGCAGAUAAGUACGUGGUGUCUCUGGGAGACACCCUAUCUGUGGAGCCGACCAUCAGCACCAUAGACGAUGCUCACAGAGAGCUAGUCACACACCUCACCUACCUGGUGUUCAGCAAAGGCAAAAUCAUUGUGGCUAAGCGACAGGAUGUCACCGGUCAGCGGGUCAUCAAUGUUUUAUUGACGAUUACGAAGGAGAUGAUGCCAUCAUUUCGCUUUGUGGCCUAUUACACGAUUCCCUGGGCAGGCCAGGAGGAGGUGGUGGCCGACUCCAUCUGGGUGGAUGUGGAUGACACCUGCGUCGGCGGGCUGAGUGUGGGGCCGACAGAUGGUGGCCGGAGACACUACACACCUGGGAAAACCUUUAGCUUCCGGGUCAAAGGUGACCCGGGGGCAAACGUCCACCUGGUUGCCGUGGACAACGCUGUGUAUCUUCUUAACAAGCAGAGACUCACACAGAGGAAGAUUUGGGAUGUGGUGGAGAAGGGGGACAUCGGCUGCACCCGUGGGGGAGGUGCAAAUGGCUUUCAGGUAUUCUCUGACGCGGGACUUCUCUUCACCUCCAGCUCAGGGUCCAACACCCAAACCAGACAAGCCUUGCAGUGUCCAGGCAGUGCAAGAAGGAGGCGCUCUGCUGAGCUGUUAAAUCGUAGAGCCCGGCUAGAGGUUCAUUACAAGGACAAGCUGCUGCGGCUGUGCUGUAUGGACGGCCUGAGGGAGAUCCCCAUGCCUUACUCCUGCACACGACGCUCCCUCUACAUCACCGAGGGCUGGGAGUGCAUCCAAGCCUUCCGCUACUGCUGCGCCCACUACCGAGACCAGGAGUUGGACACCAUGCCACCCCUGACCACCACCACCACCACCCCGCUUCCCCCAACCACCACUGAAACACCCGUGUUAUACGGUGACUAUUAUCCUCAGCCUGUGGUGCCCUACUCCCGUCAACGUGGCACAAUCAUGAUGUCCCCUCCAAAGGUCUUCGGACGUCACUUUGGACUAGGGGGUCCAAAAUUCCCAAUGGGAAACAGUAUGCCAGAACAAGGGAUGGGAAGAGAGGAAAUGGUGGAGGAGGACUUGGAAGAGGAGGAGGAAGAGUAUCUCGACGAGUCUCAGGUGUACCUGCGCUCUAAGUUCUAUGAGUCUUGGCUAUGGAGAGAUUUAAAGCUGCCCACUACCACCUCUUGGACAGAUGGGUUGGCAUCUAUGACUAUGGACUCCAUCUUACCCGACAGCAUCACAGAGUGGGGCCUUCUAGCCAUAAGCUCAUCACCUGAUACAGGUUUCUGUGCUGCUCAGCCGUACAACAUCAAAGCGUGGAAACCCUUCUUCGUGGACCUGAAGCUCCCGUAUUCUGUGGCGAGGAACGAGCAGGUGGAGAUUAAAGCUGUGAUCCAGAACUACGGCCCCGAGGAUCUGCACGUGAGGGUGGUGCUGAUGCAGACGGAGAAUAUGUGCAGCGUCGCCUUCAAUCAGAAACACACCCAGGAAGUCAGCCUCCCAGCUGGCUCUUCUUCGGUGGUGGCUUAUACCAUCGUGCCACUGGUAGCGGGGAGGCUUCCUGUGGAGGUGAUGGUGACCAGCAGGGACCUGAUGGGAUCGGACCGCAUUCAGAAACAGUUGCGGGUGGUGAUGGAGGGCGUGCAGAAGACCAAAGUUCAGAGCUUUGUAUUGGAUCCGUCUGCAGUAGAUGGUGGGAGGCAGCUGUUUCGCAUAGGCAAAGUGCAGCUCAACUCUGUUGUUCCAAACUCACAACCAGAGACUUUCAUCAACACCAGAGGAAACCUGUUGGCAGACAGUAUCGACAAUUCCAUCACCGAGGACUCGCUGGCGUCUCUUAUCCGGAUGCCAGGGGGCUGUGUGGAGCAGAACCUGGCCACCAUCACCCUGCCCCUCAUAGCCACACUCUACCUGGACCGGACCAACGGCUGGGAGAGUGUCGGGGUGCAGCGCAAGGCCGAGGCCCUCGGAUACAUUAGAAGGGGUUAUGAGAAGCAGCUGACGUACCGUAGAAGCGAUGGCUCUUACCCCCCCUACAGGAAAGAGGGCGCUAGUACAUGGAUCACUGCUUACGUGGUGAAAGUCUUUGCCAUGGCUCACACUGUCGUGGGUGUGGAUGAGCAGGAGGUGUGUGACGCUCUGCUCUAUCUGCUGGAGAACAAACAGGAGCGUCGCGGACAAUUCCGAGAGGACAACCCCGUCUUCACCAUGCACAUGACUGGCGGUCUACGUGGUGGAGACUCUGAGAUCACUCUGACAGCCUUCGUCCUCAUAGCGCUGGUCGAGGCUGAGGAGGCUGGCAUCCAGUGUACCGGAGACCCUGGGGUGAAUGUGGAGGCUGCCAUCCGUAAGACAGCCACCUACCUGAAAACAGCCUUGAACUCCCCGUCGAGGAGACCCUACACUGUCGCUAUCGCCUCUUACGCGCUGACUCUGCUCGCAAAAGACAGUGUUUUCGACCCUACACGUCUGCUACUAAGAGCUGCAUCUCCAGAUGGCAACCACUGGCCUGACAGCCAGAGCAGCCUGUUCACCCUGGAGGCCACCGGCUACGCCCUCCUGGCCCUGGUGAAGGGCGGCCACAUGGAAAAAGCGGCUGCACCCUUCAAAUGGCUCACCAGGCAACGAAGGAUAGGCGGAGGUUACGGUUCGACGCAGUCCACCAUGGUGGUCCUUCAGGCUCUGUCGGCGUACCUGCUUGAAAAGCCUCCAGAGGACCUCAGCAUGGAGGUCAACAUCAGAGGAGCAGGCCGCAGGGCUCUCCGCUACCACUUUGACCCGAAGACCUCCUACUUGGCGCGCUCCUCCAGGGUCCCCCUGGAUGCGGAAAUUGAAGUGGAAGCACAAGGGAAUGGACAGGGAAUAUUGGAAGUCGUGACCUAUUACAACCAGCUGCACGAGGCGGACGAGGAAGAGGGCUGUAAAGACUUUGAGCUCAGCGUCGCCAUUGAAGAAUCCAGGGAGAAGCCUCCAGCUGACGUGGAAAAAUCCUACCAGCUCACCAUUCGUGUGAGAGCUUUAGGCCCCAGAGAUGUCAGGAUGGUGAUCCUGGAUGUCAGUCUGCCUACAGGCUUUACCCCAGACCAGUCUGACCUGGAGCAGCUUACGAACAGGGUGGAUCAUUACAUCAGCAAUUUCCAGGUCGUUGACAACCUGAGUGACAGGGGCUCCCUCAUCCUCCACCUCUUCAAGGUCUCUCACCGAGAGCCAGAGAUCCUGACCUUCAAGCUUCAGCAGAGGUUCAGGGUGGGCAUCCUCCAGCCCUCCUCUGUCACCGUCUACGAGUACUACAACCCAGACCACCGCUGUAGUCACCUUUAUACUCCCACCGAGGACCGGGAGGAUCUCAGUCAGAUCUGCCAGAACAACGUCUGCCGCUGCACGCAGGGUGACUGUUGUGUUUCCAAGAGUGACAGCGAAACUUUCCCAGACAAAACAAGAGAGACGUUUGCCUGCAGAACUUUACACCAUGUGUACAAGGUGACGGUGCUGAAUAUCAGCCAGAGCUACUACGACACAUAUGACAUGGAACUCACACAGGUUAUCAAGAUGGGAAAUGAGGCUGCAGUUCAGGCUGGCCAGAGGAGGUUGUUUAUGUCUCAUGGAGGCUGCAGAGAUGGUCUCCAUUUACAGGAGGGCUCACAAUACCUCAUCAUUGGCCCCGAACAAGACCUGUGGAAAACGAGCCGUGACACUUUCAGAUUUAACUACAUGUUAGGCAAAAACACCUGGGUGGAGCGCUGGCCUUCAUCUGCCGAGUGCACCAGCGAUCCCAGUCUGCAGUCUAAAUGCACUGCCCUGAAGGAGGCUGCCUUUGAGCUGUCCGUCAACGCCUGCAGGCUUUAGAUGUCCGCCGCGUGGAAAAAGAUCUCUCCGUGCCUCCCUGUUGCAAGAAGAGCAAACCAUUGAUUUCAUACGCAAAGUUUCGGUCACCAUCCUGAAUUCAGUCUGUGCACGGAGGAUCUUUGACGUCCGACCAAUAUCGGUGGUCAGAUUUAACUUUUCAUAUCUAAAAACCUUGAGCGUGGUAUUGUAAGACAUGCAGCAGCGUUCGUUUUUUAUUUGUAAAUGACAAAUAUUGUGUUUUUAUACAGUAGUCCGUAGCUGUUCAUAGUCGUCUCAGAGCUGUGGGGGCGUGGUCGCGUCUUCAUUAAUAUUCAUGAGAUGAUCUUUGGUUGACAACUGCAAGCAGGGGUUGGUGGUAAGGGCGGGUGGGGUUUGAUGGUUUGAUCUGAUUGGCUGUAUGUAAAUCGGUGUCCGAUGACGUCACGCGCGUCCGAUCUGAAACCCAACCGCAGUGUCAAAGUUGAUAUUGACCUCAGUGGCACGAGGAGAAUAUUGUAAUUAAAAUGCAGACUAUC